ACCACAAGCUCUGAAUAAGGGCUCAGGAGAAGCAGCAGUUCUCGAGAGGUCAUUUUGGUGAACAACAAGACUUAACAGACAUCUGGUUAAUGAAUCCGGCUUUAAGGUCAGCCUUCCAUCCUGUCUGCAGGAAAACACCUAGUGUGCAUUUACCGAGAGCUAAUUAGGUUUGAUGGUUCUCUAUGUUACAGAGAAAUGUGAAAGAUUUGACAAUGGGAUUCACAGCAUUGCACACGCUCUGGCUUCUGACUGCAUUUGCUUUUACAACACAAGAGUUGGUGAAACUAAGAGUUAGUCCCAAGAUUACCGCAGAGUGUGGCGAGCAAGUUUCCCUCAACUGCAACACAUCCUCGGUUCAUCAUGGAAUAUCAAUCAAACUUAUGCAGUGGUUCAAAGAGGAAACACUUUUGUGUUCUGUGGACAGUAAAGGGAUCACUACUGAACUCCACAGAGCAUCUCUGAGUAACUUUACCUGUGAAUAUGAAGAUGGACAGCUGUCGCUAAUCUUCAAAAAGAUGCUCCCUCCAGAGAGCGGAAAAAAAUACACGUGUAAGCAACGCUCCAACAGAGGAGCACUCAAUGAAUCUACUAAAGUGGAGUUACAAGAGUGUGGUGGGAUCGUGGAGGGUAAAUUAACGACCACGGGACCUGUGUGCACCUUCAAGCAAGUCUACCCAGACGGAAAUGUCCACUGGUUCCACGGCUCCCGCAACCUCUCAGAUGGAUCUCUGAAACAGUACACCGGAAAAAGUGUGGACGAACAAGGCUGGCUUACUAUCCACAGUUACCUGGAGCGGAACAGUUCACACGGGCCUUACAACUGCUCCUUGAAGAGCACCGUGUCUGACAGAUACAUCGCAAGUAUGUUGAUACAGAAUCCUAAACCCCAGAAGAGCACUAGUGGAACACACUCCAACGGCAACAAAGUUACAGCCCGGGAAAGUACCAGAACAAUUUUUUGCCUUUUAAUCUUACUUCCAGUUAUAUUUAAAUAAUGGAAUUCCCACCACACGGAGUGUCACCAGACAUAGGGAAUGUGGGGAGGCAUGAAUCAAUGAUUAACACUGAUUAGAAGCAACAAGGUACUGAGACUUAUGGAUUUUUUUGUCAAAACCAGGGCGUCGAGAAUCAGAUUAAGUGAGUCAUCUUGCGUAAUCCAAAGGCUUAUCUUUCUUCCUUUGUGCUAUUGGCUGACAUGAACGAGAAAAUUACACACCACAGUGAGGUGAUAAGAAGACAGCCAGUAAUCAUAACAGUAUAAAAUGUGUUGUUGUUUGGCUUCAAUAGAGGCUAGGAGAGAAAUGCACAGUGGUUUCACGGAUCUUUUUAAGAACACAAGGAGAUGUUUAAAUGGAAACACUCUCAGAGAAAAUGCACUUUCUUAUAAUUGCUAAAGUGAUUAAAAACUCUAUACUGGUUCAGUUUAAUCAGCAGCUAUAAACCUUUCCAUGGAUGUUUUUUUCUCAAGCAUGUCCAGCACUGUCAUCUGUGUAAAAGUUCUCUAUGAAUGAAGACCAUAAAAGGCUCUUUGUUAGAUUUAUUUCAGAAAUACAGAACUGUCAUGUAGCAAACCCCCUUUUCUUUCAGUCAAGCAAUAAAUCUGUCUAGAGUUUCUGGACAGAUGCUGCCCUCUGGUGAUAUGUGCUGCUAACUAGAAGUAGCUGCUUUAGGAACCACUUGGGAGCAAUAGGGCUGCUCGAUUAUGGCAAAAAUGAUAAUCACGAUUAUUUUCACUGAAAUU